AAAUAUAAUCGAUGAAACAUACUAUCAGAAAUAAUUUUAGCCUCAUAUAUCCUAUCGCAAAAUAGAAAUAUCGAUAUUUUGGUAUUUUUAAUAUUAUAAUAAUAUUAUAAGCAUUAUAUUAAAAGUUCGUAAGACAUGGAAAAGUCUGAAGAUCGCCGUUCUAAACGUAAUAAGCGACAAAAACCGGCCAGAUUUGUGUCACCCACAGAAUGUGUGAUUGAAGAAUUCCAAACGAACUCAAUUACGAUUGAACAAAAUAUGACAGAAUCAACAUCUCAGAGAGCACUAAAGGAAACGUUGGCACAUUCUUUGCAUACUAAUAAAGCACUGGAAAGAGUGUCUAGUAUACAACAUUACCUUGUAGAUGAAGCUCGGUUGACUUCACAACUUCUGGGAUCUACUUCAGUUUCUCCAAACAACACUUCAAAGAAAUCAAGAAAACGCCGGAAUUCGGACACAUCCAGCGAUGAAGAGCGUUGGCUAAAUGCAAUUGAAACUGGGAAACUUGAUGAUGUAGACGACGAGUUAAAAAAGAUGAAGGAUCCAAAAUUAAUGACCGCACGCCAAAGAGCCAUGUAUGAACGAACACAGGAAUCCGAACUUCCAUUGACCGGAUUUGUUGAGCAGCUUAUCGCUUUGCCAAAUGGUUAUAGAGAAAAAGAGAAACCACAGACCGCUGAGGAAAUUCAGAAGGCGGCGUUGAAAUCCCAGAAGCGCAAACAGCAAGCGGACGAACGGCGAGAGAAAGAUAAGCAAAAAACUAUGGAGCGCCUAUUAAAAAAGCAGGAUAGCAAUAAACAACGCUUAGCAGCGCGCAAUAAAUUUAAUCAAAAACAAAUCCAUCCAACCCUCACAUACAUAAAUACUUUGGAUGGUGCUUACAUUAAUGUGCCGUUUGGACAUGAGUUUCCAAUUCAGUCUCAGUUCGGGGCUACCCCGCCAGCGAUCCAAUUAUGUGGUGUUACGGGUUGUGUCAACCGAAAGGUGUACAGUUGCUCUAAAACUAAUGUCUUCUUAUGUAGCUUAGCAUGCUAUCAAAAAAAUCUUGGCAUAGUCUGAAUACAUACUGAUACUGGCUCUUCAGACGCUCUAGAUUUACAGUCUGCUCAAAAACUUGACUAGGGUAGACUUGAUGCUCAGCUUG